AUGUCAGCGCACGCGCUCGACAAACUCGACGCAGUGGCCAAACUGGUCGACAAGCUGACCAAGGAUAUGGGCAGCCUUUCCAUGAGCCCUCAAGAACGGAAUACUACUCUUGAGGAGCUAAAGGUCUAUGGCCGCGAUCCUCGCUACGCAGACCCCAUCUUCACAAAGGAGGGUAUAUCUAUGCUACUCACAUUUGCCUUUCAUGACAAGGCAUCGAGCGACACCUCGCGCGGCGCUCUCAGGGUUCUUGCCAAUUCCAUGGUUCUCAAACCUGAAACGAGGCGAUUUUUUGUCGACGGCGGAUAUGCAACCAAGGCAUGCAAGCGACUCGAUACCGAGAGCUGGGAUGACGAAUUUCUUCUUUCACGCAUCCUCUUCCUCUCCACAUAUAGUGACCAAAAAAUCAAGUUGACUCCCUUGAUCAAAGAGCAUGGUCUCGCCAGUAGCAUCAACGCCAAUCUCGGCCGACAUGCAAUGUCAAAAUCGGCUACCAGCCGGCCGACGGCCGGGUCAAUGGAGGAGAUGGCUCUGCUCGAAACGCUCAAACUCCUCCACAAUGUUACUCAUUUUUGCCCACAGGAAGCCUCCGCAUUCAUUUCUUCGGUGCCGCAUAUUAUCUCGCUUCUCUGUAGCCGCAGUCUACCGGGUACCAACGUUUUGGAUGCCCCAUUCGGCGCUCUUGUCAACUCCCUUCUCAAUUUAGACCUGGCGAAUAAGACUUGCAAGUCGGCCCUAUUUCCCAGCGGCGAAGACGACAAACUCGGGUCCAGAUUGCUCGAAAUACUGGACAGAGCCAUGAGGGAGUAUUCUAGUUCCGACCUGGAUGCUACUGUCACGCCACUUGUCAAAUUCCUACUCGAGGUGUACGGCAUCGGCCCGGAGUCUAUUCAGAAGAAGCUCCGAGAUGGUAUUUUACCAAACUCGGAGGAUCGUCAAAGCGUGCUGGGCAAAGGCUCAUCGCUGUCUGCCCGCCUCCUCGAAACUUCCAAAGACCCCAUGGCCCCCCACCUCGGCCCAGUCAUCUCGCACCUUUUCUUUCUCAUGUCAGAGAGCGAUGCCUCCCAAUUUGUGGAAAACGUUGGCUAUGGAUACGCCUCUGGGUACCUGUUCCAGAACAAUGUGCCCUUGUCGGCAGUUGCAAAAGCAACAUUUGAUGCCGCAGACGAAACAGGAAGCCCGCGGCCUGUGAAUCCUAUCACGGGGCAAUUUAUCGAUAGAGAGAAGCCUGAUGUCCUACCGCCAAUGACGGAAGAAGAAAAGGAGCGAGAAGCCGAGCGUCUUUUCGUUCUAUUUGAGAGACUCGAGAAGAACGGUGUCCUCAGUGUGCAGAACCCUGUGCGGCAGGCUAUACGGGAGGGUAAGCUCCGAGAGAUCACAGACGACGAAGUAGAGGAAAUUGAAUGA